UAUGAACCAAAGUACCAGACCCCCUUGCCCUUCCCUAAACUUGUCUUCAAAUUCAAACUCUCAAACAGCAUCUCCCCGAAAAUCUGGGAAUUUGGGAUUCGAUUAGUGAAGAAGAGAGAGGGAGUCGAAUUGUUGCAGAGAGAGAGAAAGAGAGAGAGAAGAAAGGAAGGAAGAAUGAAUACGGGAGACCUGAACAAGGUGUGGGAAACAAGAGCCCUCAAAAGAAAGGAUCGGCAAGAUGAAGCGACCAAGAUGCUCGACAGAAUCGCCAAACAGGUGCAGCCCAUUAUGCGCAAUCACAAAUGGCGCGUCAAGCUUCUCUCUGAGAUGUGCCCAACCAAUCCUAGGCUUCUUGGAUUGAAUGUGAACCGCGGUGUGCAUGUGAAGCUGAGACUGCGUAGGCCAAAUAGAGAUCUGGAUUUCUAUCCCUUCGAUCAAGUUCUUGAUACAAUGCUGCACGAGCUUUGCCACAAUGUUCACGGUCCCCAUGAUGCCAAGUUCUACAAGCUGUGGGAUGAGCUUAGGAAGGAAUGUGAGGAGCUGAUGGCUAAGGGUGUAACUGGCACUGCGGAGGGGUUUGAUCUUCCAGGGAAACGUUUGGGAAGUGUUAUGUGUCAACCUCCUCUUUCUUCUCUCCGGAAAACAGCACUUGCUGCUGCAGAAAAGAGAGCGGUUUUGGGAUCUUUGAUGCCAUCUGGACCUAGGCGCCUGGGUGGUGAUAGCUCUAUGAUGGCUGCACUUAGUCCGGUGCAAGCUGCUGCAAUGGCUGCAGAGAGAAGAUUGCAGGAUGAUAUCUGGUGUGGUUCAGCAUUUUCUGCAGCCUCUGAGGAUGGUGAAUGCAACUCUGGUAAAUCAGAGGACUGUGAAAACAUAGAUACAAGGGAAGGAAGUUCAAGGAUUCACAAUGGUGCAAAAGCACAACCCUCAGGUACAUUACCACAAAAACGAAGUCGCACACCUACUAACACUUCUUCACAAUCAUCAAAGGUCCAUUUAGGAUUUGAGUUUGUAGAUCUAUCCAGCUAUGACUCAGUAUCUGGAGCAAUUAUAAAUUCUGAUAUUAGAUCUCAGAAAAGAAGUCGUGAAUCAGAAACCAAUUCAUUCCCUUUAUCUGAUCAUCAUCAUCAAGAAACUAAUUUUGUGGAUUUGUUGGGUGUUUCAACCUCUGGUUCUGGUUUUAUAAAUGGUGGAACACAUGAUCCUGGAGAAUCUGCUAUGUGGCAGUGUGGAACAUGUACGCUUUUAAAUUCGCCACUAGCUCCAAUAUGCGAGCUUUGUAGCGCACAGAGACCAAAAGAUGUUGGUACAAGUCGCAAAAUCUGGUCCUGUAAAUUCUGCACUUUGGAAAACAGUGUGAAGCUGGAGAAAUGCUCAGCAUGCGGGGAGUGGAGAUACUCGCACGGUCCACCAAUAGCAACCCGACCACCAAAUCUGGGCACUUAAGAAGCACAAGAUCUAUGAAUGACAUGGCCUUCAACUUCUUGGUAGUUUUGAAAUAGAUUACCAUUCUUUUUGGCAGUGGCAUUUAGGUUGAUAUUUGCUAUCUUGCUUCUUAUUAUGGUAAAGUUAUGUGCAUGAAGUCUGAUGUUGGUCUAGAUUGCUUGUGGAAUUACUGAUUUCUCAGAAAACAAAUAUAAAUAGACUCUAGCUAACAGGUCAAA